AUGGCGCUUCUUGCACAGGGAUUAACCUUGUCACCACCACCGGGGCUGCCUUUGGCCAGGCGUUCGAACCCCCGGAAGACGGAGCUAGCUUCAGCUCGAGGUGUGCAGCCAACACACGCAGCAGCUGCUACCACAGCUUUAGUGGCAGGGGCGCUGACGAACAGGCGGACGCCCGGCGUGGGAGCGAGGGUCGUGAGCAAAGCCGCAAAGCCUGGUAAGAGCUCUUGGAGCGCUGCGGAAGCAGAAGGGCUCCGGAGUGACUUCCCAGCUCUGCAGCAAGAGGUGAAGCCUGGCGUGCCGCUGGUCUACCUUGAUAAUGCUGCCACCUCGCAGAAACCGAAGCAGGUGUUGGAUGAGCUGAACCGCUUCUACAGCCAAGAUAACAGCAAUGUCCAUCGAGGCAUGCAUACGCUGUCGAUGAGAUCGACAGAAGCCUUCGAAACCGCCCGGCAGAAGGUGGCGAAGUUCGUGAACGCACCAGACUCCCACGAGAUCGUCUUCACCAGGAAUGCCACAGAGGCCAUCAAUCUGGUCGCCCGAACCUGGGGAGCGGCCAACAUCGCGAAGGGGGAUGAGAUCGUGCUCACUGUGAUGGAGCAUCAUGCGAACCUGGUCCCGUGGCAACUGCUCGCAGAGUCAACCGGCGCGGUGCUGCGCUUCGGUCGUCUCCGUGACGACGGUACGCUGGACGUGGAGCAGUUCGAGAGCCUGAUUGGAGACAGGACGAAGCUGGUCGCGUUCUGCCAUGUCUCGAAUGUCCUGGGGUGUGUAAACCCCGUGGAGAGGGUGGCGAAGCUCGCGCACUCUGUCGGUGCGAAGGUGCUUGUGGACGCCUGUCAAAGUGUCCCCCACAUGCCCGUGGACGUCCAGACCUUGGGAGCCGACUGGCUCGUUGCCAGCGGUCACAAGAUGUGCGGUCCCACAGGAAUCGGAUUCCUGUGGGGUCGGGGAGAGAUCCUCCGAGGGUCACCUCCGUUCCUGGGUGGCGGGGAGAUGAUCGACCAGGUGACCCUGGAAGGUAGCACUUUCAAUGACAUCCCACACAAGUUUGAGGCUGGUACCCCGGCCUUCGCAGAGGCUGUGGCUCUGGGAGCGGCCUGCGAGUAUUUGACAGAUCUCGGCAUGGCGGCCGUGAGCCAACGCCACCGGGCAGGAGGCGAGCACGAGCUUGCCAAGCACCUCUGGAGCCGCCUCGAAGCGCUGCCAGGCAUCCACCUCUACGGCCCUAGCCCUGAGACGCAGCCAGAUCGGGCCUCGCUCGUCUGCUUCAACGUGGAUGGCUGCCACGCGAACGAUCUGGCCACCUUGGUCGAUCAGGACCGAGGCGUGGCCAUGCGAUCAGGGCAUCAUUGCACGCAGCCGCUGCACGGCGAGCUGGGUGUCACGGCCAGUGCACGACUCUCCGCCUACUUCUACAACACGAUCGAAGAGAUCGACGUGGCAGUCGAUGCUCUCGAGGUGGCCAUCGGCCUUAUCCGGACAGGUCCUGCAGGAGAUGAGCCUGAACUUGAUCCAGCCAUGGCAGCUUUGCUUGAUGCCUGA